AUGGAAGAUGAAAGAAUAUGGAAUAUCUGUGGCCAAGCGCUGAUGAUGAUGGACGAUGGUGCGUACUUUGAGGGCGAAAUGAAGUCGGCGGGCGUACUGAACGGAAGGGGUAGCCUGGUGCUGGCUGGAGGGGACCGACUGGAGGGCAGCAUGCACGGCGUGUGGAGUGAGGGCAUUAAGGUGACGGGGGUGUUCCACAAGGGGGCGUGCCCCCCGCCUCCCGCCACUGCUAGACGGGACAAGCCCAAGUCGUUCGGCAAAUUCGCCACCCACCCCAACCAGAAGUGGAAGGCGAUUUUCCGCCAGUGCUACGCAGUGAUGGGUGUCGCGUGGGAGUCGCCACAGUCGCAGCGACCGACGGCUGCAGUCGCGGCGACCGGCGACCAGUCGCAGCGCGCCUGGGAGGGUGUAGCCGCGGCUCUGGGGUCGGCGCACGCGCAUAGACACCAUGAGAAGCUGCAGACCAUUCCGGACUUUGGGCGCGGCGAGCAGCUUGACGCCGAGGGAUAUCGCAUGGUGGUCGCCUAUCUCGGCCAGGCUUUCGACAGUAGCCACCAUCCACUUGGCAUAGCAUUGGCAGAAUUGAGCCGGGCUUACAAAAACACAUACGGCACACUGGCGAUGCAGGAGCAUGCGCACCUGUUGCUGCAACAUGCUGUGCUGGAGCUGCACUCACUUAUAGAGCGUCUCUAUCAGGCUGUCAGGUGUCUCUUUCCGGCGCUGCCUGCGCCUGGCACUGAGCUGGUCAUCAGUGAAAGUGAAGUAGCGAGCAUGGCAACCGUGCUUCACCCUGAGAUACUGCCUCGUGUGUGCUCGUGUCUGUUCGACCUUUACACACACGACAACGAACACGAAAACGAGGCGUUUAGGAAGAGGUUGCUAGAGCUCAACCAGUACUCUGACGAGACCCUCAUGUCGUUCCUCGAUAUUGACAGGAAACUAUGGACGAACAAGAAUGGCGAAUUUCACGAGCAGCCUUUUUCAUUGGCAAUUGUCACACUGCAGCAUCUCAAGACCACUUUUAUUCCCCUCGAGAAGUUCAUGGUACUGCGAGAAACAUUCGAACGCAUGAAAGAGAUGCCUCAGAGAAUCUGGCGUUCGCACUGUCCGAUUGAAGUGCGGGAAAUGCAGCACAAAGUUUUGGAUAUGACUGUACACCUGCUGAUGAUUCGACAGAAUGGACCAACGGCAUUCACCAUUCUUGACGACAACGACAAACUCAGUUAUCAGAUGCCUCAGAGAAUCUGGCGUUCGCACUGUCCGAUUGAAGUGCGGGAAAUGCAGCACAAAGUUUUGGAUAUGACUGUACACCUGCUGAUGAUUCGACAGAAUGGACCAACGGCAUUCACCAUUCUUGACGACAACGACAAACUCAGUUAUCAGGUGUACCUCGGAGAUCCACACAAAUGUUCGUGCAAAUACUUCCAAAGAAUAAACGAAUUGUGUAGUCACAUUUGCUGGGUGCUGUUGAAAAAAAUGCAGUUAGACCCCAAGGACCCUUUAUCGUUUCAGUUAGGCAUGCUACCACGCGAGAUAACCGACUGUCUGCAGCCUCAGUUUAUCGCUCGGCCAAAGCCGAAAAGAAUUGACUUCCGUAAAUUUUUGAACAAGGACGAAAGAAAAUUGCCUUUUGUGAAACGGAGGGCCCUCCGGUCCGGCGAUACCUGUCCUGUUUGCCUGGAGGCAUUUGAGGAGGACGACAAACAGCACAAUAUAACAUAUUGUAGACAUGGAUGUGGCAACUGUAUUCAUGUCCGAUGUAUGGAACUAAUAGCUAAACAUCAGUUGGAAAGUCAUAAUGAGUGUCUACAAAUAAUUUGUCCUCUCUGUAGGGGAGAUUUUGGGACAAUGUCAGAGUUGAGAUCAUCCAAGUUCAACACUGCUCCAAUAAGAAGGAAUAAUGUUGAGAAGAAAGUGGUGACUCAUUCAGGGUACACCUGUUGUUCAUGUGACACAACCCCUGUCAUAGGCAACCUCUAUAGAUGCUUGCAAUGUACUCAGGUCACAUUUUGCCACACUUGUGUGAAUUCAGACUCUAGUACAGCAGUUUAUCAUGAGGCUCAUGGGUUUGCAAUAAAAACAACAAUCAAAAAUAGGACAACCUACAUCUUGGAGAAUCGACUUGAUAGAAAGUGA